AUGAUUAAAUCUGCAAAAAUUGGAAGACGUCUGGUUACACUUUGUGCGAUUUUCAUGUACGGCAGCGGGCUCUCUUUUCGUCUGAUCUUGCCAUUUGCCAAAGGAAAAAUCAUCACUCCACAAAAUGUUACGAUCAGACCUCUGCCUUGCCCGGCUUACUUCAUUUUCUUCGAUGUACAAGUCAGCCCCAUUUACGAGCUGAUCUUUGUAAUACAAAUAUUAUCUGGGAUAAUCACUUACUCGAUAACAACAGGUUUAUGUGGUCUUGCGGCGGUCUUCGUGAUGCACAUCUGCGGCCAGUUAAAAAUCUUGAUGAGUUUGAUGAGAAAUUUUGUCAAAGAGAAAUGGCAAGAAAAACGGGAAGUGAACAGGAAGCUGGCAAUAAUGGAAUGGGAAAAUAGCAAUCCAUUAGCUAUGAGCUCUUAUUUUACAGCACUUAUGUCCAUGUUGAUAAACAUGUUUAUGUUUUGUUACACUGGUGAACAACUUACUGUUCAGGCUGAAAAAGUAGCUAGAACAUCUUGCAUGCUUGAGUGGUAUCGUCUUCCAAAUAAGGAUGCGCGUGGGAUCGUAUUAAUGAUAAUCAUGUCAAAUUUGCCCACCAAGAUUACUGCUGGAAACAUCAUGGAUCUAUCAUUAAAAACAUACGGCGAUGUUAUCAAAGCAGCUGUGACGUAUUUUAACAUGCUUAUAAAAACAAUUAAAUGA